AUGAUUCAUCAUUAUGUUUAAUGCAUUUAUAUUCUAUGUGGUCUCAAUAAAGGAAACCGGAAUCAAUUAAAUAUUAUUAACAUAUUUAGUGUGUGUUAAUUUAUCAUUGCCUUGAUUUAGAUUGGAUAAUAUGAAAUAGAUUUAUAAGUAUCGUUUUAUCAGGAUUAUCUAACUGUUAGUUUGACAGAGUAACUUUAAUAGCAGGGUUUUUAUGAAUCGCGUUAUUAUAUGAAGCAGAAGAUAGUACAUUUAAAUCCAAUCCAGGAAUGGGGGAAGAACACUUAUUUAAUAGUGAAAAGAUUUGGCUUGAGUUGCAAAGUAAUGAAAGAGUGAAGUGCAAGAUCAAAUGUAAAUUCUGAAUUUUAAAGAAUAUUGAUUGAAUAGUAGUAGAAAGGGAUUUAUAUAAUUUAAAGUACCAGAUAUAAAAAACUCUAAGGCUCGUAAAAGCAGUGCGCGAUAAUAUUACAGGAGAAAUGGG